GCGCGAGCCGCCUGGGCCCCGCGGCGCGGAGAUGGGCAGGUCCGCCGCGCUCCUGCUCUGCCUGCUGGGCUGCCACGUCUGGAAGGCGGUGACCAAGACGCUGCGGGAGCCGGGCGCGGGAGCCCAAGAGGUUACUCUGAAGGUUCAUGUCAGUGACGCCAGCACCCAUCAGCCCGUCCCAGAGGCUCUGAUUGAGGUUUUCACCAACCAGGUCUCCAUUGCCUCUGGCACCUCGGGCUCAGAUGGAGUUGCCUUCAUCAAGUUCCAGUAUAAGCUGGGCACUCAGCUGAUCGUCACCGCCACAAAGCAUGCCUAUGUACCAAACUCGGCUCCGUGGAAGCCUAUCCGAUUACCUGUGUUUUCUUCACUGAGCCUUGGCCUGCUUCCAGAACGAUCUGCUACUCUAAUGGUGUAUGAAGAUGUUGUCCAAAUAGUAUCAGGAUUCCAAGGUGCCCGGCCGCAGCCUCGAGUUCAUUUCCAGAGGAGGGCCCUGCGCUUGCCGGAGAACACCAGCUACAGUGACCUGACCGCUUUUCUCACGGCAGCCAGCUCUCCCUCCGAGGUGGACAGCUUUCCUUAUUUGCGAGGAUUAGAUGGAAAUGGAACAGGAAAUGGCACCAGGUAUGACCUGACGCCGGUGACCGCUGUCAGCGUCCACUUGCUCAGCAGCGAUGGAACGCCAGUGCUGGUGGAUGGCCCCAUGUACGUCACUGUGCCCCUGGCCACGCAGAGCGGUCUAAGGCACAAUGCCUACGUCGCAGCCUGGCGGUUCGACCAGAAGCUGGGAACGUGGCUGAAGAGUGGUCUGGGCCUUGUGCACCAGGAGGGCAGCCAGCUGACGUGGACGUACAUUGCCCCUCAGUUGGGGUACUGGGUGGCAGCCAUGUCACCUCCGAACCCAGGUCCCGUUGUCACACAGGACAUUACCACGUAUCACACGGUGUUUCUUUUGGCCAUUUUAGGAGGAAUGGCUUUCAUACUUUUGGUUUUGCUGUGUCUCCUUUUGUAUUAUUGCAGACGGAAGUGCUUGAAACCUCGUCAGCACCACAGAAAACUGCAACUUCCCGCAGCCCUGGAGAGUUCCAAGAGAGAUCAGUCGACUUCCAUGUCCCACAUAAACUUGCUGUUCUCUCGUCGGGAGUCAGAAUUCCCUGGCCCGCUUUCUGUCACCAGCCACGGCCGCCCCGAUGCCUCAGGCACAAAGGAGCUGAUGAGCGGAGUCCACUUAGAGAUGGUCUCGUCCAGCGGAGAAGUGGACAUGCACACCCCCAUGCUCAAGCUGUCCUACAGUACCUCACAAGAAUUCAGCUCUCGGGAGGAACUGCUCUCCCAUAAGGAAGAGGACAAAAGCCAAAUCUCCUUCGAUAACUUGACACCAAGUGGCACACUGGGAAAAGACUACCACAAGUCUGUGGAGAUUUUUCCCUUAAAGUCCAGAAAGUCUCUGGAGAGAGAAGGCUACGAGUCCCCUGGCAGCAGUGACUACAGGAGGAGUUACAAUGCCAUGCUCUCACAGUCUUUAUUUGACAAGCAAGACAGAGACAGUCAGGCCUCCAUCCACCAUAUUUCCACAGGAAGUAAGCUCACCAUUCAGGAACACCUGUACCCCGCACCCUCCUCUCCUGAAAAGGAGCAGCUCCUGGAUCGCAGGCCGGCCGAAUGUAUGAUGUCUCGGUCAGUAGACCACCUAGAAAGACCUACAUCUUUUCCACGGCCCGGCCAGCUGAUCUGCUGCAGUUCUGUUGAUCAGGUCAAUGACAGCGUUUACAGAAAAGUAUUACCUGCCUUGGUCAUCCCCGCUCAUUAUAUGAAACUCCCAGGGGACCAUUCCUAUGUGGGCCAGCCCCUGGUGGUCCCAGCUGACCAGCAGCUUGAAAUAGAGAGACUACAGGCUGAGCUCUCCAGCCCUCAUGCAGGGAUCUUCCCACACCCCUCCUCCCAGAUCCAAGCGCAGCCCUUAUCUUGCCAGGCAAUCUCCCAGCAGCACUUGCAGGACGCCGGCUCUAGGGAGUGGAGCCCACAGAAUGCAUCCAUGUCAGAGUCGCUGUCCAUCCCAGCGUCCCUGAACGAUGCUGCCCUGGCUCAGAUGAACAGCGAGGUCCAGCUCCUGACGGAAAAGGCUCUGAUGGAACUAGGGGGUGGGAAGCCACUGCCACACCCCCGGGCAUGGUUUGUCUCCCUGGAUGGCAGGUCCAAUGCGCAUGUUAGACAUUCGUACAUUGAUCUCCAAAGAGCUGGAAGGAAUGGAAGUAACGAUGCCAGUUUGGACUCUGGUGUGGAUAUGAAUGAACCAAAAUCUGCCCGGAAGGGAAGAGGGGACCCCUUGUCUCUUUCACAGAACCACCCGCCUGUCCAGGAGCAUCCCCAGAAAGAGCUCCGGGCUGCGGACAGCACGGCCUACACGCAGCUCGUCUAUCUGGACGACAUGGACCAAAGUGGCAGUGAGUGCGGCACCACCGUCUGUACCCCCGAGGACAGUGCCCUGCGGUGUUUGCUGGAUGGCUCUAGCCGGAGGAGCGGCAGCCAGCUGCCCAGCCUGCAGGAGGAGACGACAAAACGAACUGCAGACAUCCCCCCGGAGCCGCUGGCCAGUCCCGAACAGAGAAGACCUGCUCAGGAGGAAGAUGAAGAUGAUGAUGAUGAUGACGACCAAGGAGAAGACAAGAAGAGCCCCUGGCAGAAGCGGGAGGAGAGACCCCUGAUGGCAUUUAACAUCAAAUGAGCUAUUCCAGAGCCACCCAACGGUGGAGUCCAAAAUUGCCAAAAAUUCUUUCUUACAGAAGCUCUUGGCUGCUUGUGAAGGAAGCCGAACAGCGCCAGCGUGGGAAGUGGGCUUUGCAGUACUGUGCGCUAUACAUGCUAGUUACUACUCAGAAUAGAGGAUGAUGUUCAUGGAGGCCUCGCCUCCCGGAAGGUGGCUGAACGUAGUCUCUGAAUGUUGUUCCACGCACUGGACACAUCCGUCCAAGGACACUGAAAAGCCGCACGUGAUGUUGCUAGGUUCUAAUAACCUCAGUUCUCCCUCAGAUGCUGGGAGCAGAUGAAACUCUUUUUGCAUUGCUUGAAUCAGUUGUAUCAUGAUAAUGCUACUAUGAAGUUAUCAUUGAGAAAUGAGCUUGGCACUUAGUGUCUCAAGGUAUGCAUUAUCUCAAAGGAAAGCUAUGCAUCGCUGCUUCAUGAUCUGAAUUUGCUUAGAUUUUUGCUUUGGUUAGGUUUCGUUUCCAGUUUGCUUUUUUUAAAAAACACAAUUCGGCUGUAAAGAUUUCAUUCCUUUGUUUUAAUCUGUUCUGUUUCUCGGUGGUUUAUUUCAGUGUCUCCUUUCAGGAACUCCUCAGUGUCAUCUCUUAACAGCCAAGCCUUUUAAUGAAAUCAUACUGAAAUUUCCAUCAGCUAAGAGUCCUUCGAUCCUGGUCCCAUUAACUCCAAGUGCCUUUUUUACAGUGACAACAGACAGUCCCUCACUUUUUUGUUUUGUUUUUCUUAACUCCUUUUAUUGAACUGCCUGGAUUUUAUAAAGUUAUUAAACGAUACCCUUUUUGUUAGACUGCAUGCUGCCAAGUGCCCAUUUGUGCUCAGAAUUCUCAUUUCAACGCAGUGUACUCUCUAGUUCUCAUGUGUGAUGUGGAUUCUGUUUAGCUAAGAUAGACUAGAGGACACUUUAGAGAUACCCCUCCCUACUCCAUCCCUUUGGCCACCGGCCACCAUUAUGGUUUUAUUGGCUGUUUGUAUAUAUGGUUACGUAUUAACUCUGGAAUCCUAUGGGCUAAUCUUGCUCACCAGACAUGGAGUAUGGAGUGAGCGAGUGGGCUGAAUGUGACUAUUAAAAAAAUCUUAUGUACUAUCCAGAAGUGCCAGAAUCACUCUUCUGUGCAUUCUCCUUAAAGAGCUGCUUGGUUAUCCAAAAAUGAACAUUCAAAAUAAACUCUGAAGAAAAAAAAGCUGUCUUGUGGGCCU